AUGUGGGAAAGAAUUUCAGAAUUUUAUCAUGAAUAUAAAAAACAGAACAAUGUGAACCGUUCUGUAGUUUCUUUGAUGAAUUGGUGGUCCUCGAUUCAGAAAUGCACAAAUAAGUUUUGUGCAUUUUUAGCACAAGUAGAGUCAUUGCAUCCGAGUGGUGCAACGGAGCAAGAUAAGAUUGAGAAGACAAAAAUUAUGUAUAAAGAGAUAGAGAAUAGUAACUUCACAAUGGAGCACUGUUGGUGUCUUCUAAGACACCAACAGAAAUGGCAACAACACAUCUCCACCCUUGGGAUGAGGAGAAGGCCACAAGGUGAAGCUGCUCUUGACACGGUGGAGGAGAACAUAGAGGUCUUUGCUGAGAGACCUCUAGGCAAAAAAAUUGAGAAAGAAAGGGAGAGGAAGCGGAAGUCGAUGGAAGGCAAAGAGUCUGAGAUCAGCAUUUCCUUAGCUAAAAUGACCGAGGAUAGAGCCACGACCAUGGAAGAGCGGAGAAAUGCUCAACUCAAGGGGGAUAAGGAGUUGGCAUGUACGGAUGGCAAGAAACAUGUGAAGUUCUACAUACAGUCCUCUUAA